GCAUUCCAUAUAGGUAGGGUAAGUGAGUAAAAAGUAUCUUAUCUUAUGUUGUUGUACAUGACACGUACAUGUUUUAAUUUCCAUAGAAAGCUAAGGUUUCAGAUGUAAUCAAUUUCUCAACUAAUUAUCAUAACAUUAACACCACAAAACAAGGAAUAAGCCUAAGGCCCAAUUUAGUAACUUGGAUUUCAUCACUCACAUCCAUAAGCGACCGAAACUCAGUGAGGACGAUAAUAGGAUCGGAAAUUCAGAAGAAGAAGAAGAAAAAAAAUGCAAUCUUUAUCGUUAAGUAGUAGCAAGAGUUUGGCAGGUUUACGAUUGGUAGGUCAGGAUGCGAGGCUGAAGAGAAAGAGUAGCGUCGUCGUGGUUGUGGUCGCAUGUGGCAGCAAAGACACUCCUCCUCUAACUCCAACUUCAACCUCAUUUCUCUCCAGGACUCAAACUUACGCUCUUUUGAAACAACAAAUGGAAGUUGCUGCUAAAUCCGAGGAUUACAAGGAAGCUGCUAGAAUUCGUGAUUCGCUUAAAUUGUUUGAAGAAGAAGAGCCUGUUUUGCGUUUAAGGAGGUUAAUCAAAGAAGCAAUUGCUGAUCAGAGGUUCCAGGAUGCAGCUACUUAUCGUGAUGAGCUAAAAAAAAUUGCUCCACACUCUCUUUUAAAAUGUUCCAGUGAUGCUACAACACAGGGAGUCAGGGUUCAAGUCAGGAGUGUAUAUAUAGAGGGCAGAAGUCAGCCUUCAAAAGGACUCUACUUUUUUGCAUAUAGAAUAAGAAUUACCAAUAAUUCAGAUGACACCGUUCAACUUCUUAGAAGGCAUUGGAUUAUAACCGACGCUAAUGGGAGAACAGAAAAUGUAUGGGGAAUCGGGGUUGUUGGUGAACAGCCUGUACUUCUUCCCAGGACUAGUUUUGAGUACUCUUCGGCAUGCCCAUUAAGCACACCAAAUGGUAUAAUGGAAGGUGAAUUUGAGAUGAUCCAUGUUGAUAAAGUAGGUUCGCGUUCAUUUAAUGCUACCAUUGCCCCGUUUUCUCUCGCUCUGCUAGGAGAUGAUGACUGCAAUACUAUUUGAGAUUGAACUGCAACAUUAGCUUUUCAGAGAUCAUGUCCAUUUAUUAGCAUCUGGAGUAUGGAAAAAGGAAGUAUUCUCACAGCCAUUCUGAGUAAAUUUUCCAGAUACAUAUGUGUUUUGUUGAAUUGAAGUCUGAAAAACUCACGAAAGAAAUCAAUAUUUAUACAUAGUAUAUAGAUUAUAGACAGUUGAAAUUUUGUUCUGUUUCCAACCCCUACAUACCCAAAAGAGGAAUAAAUGGAUCAAUUGAUGGUGAUUAUAACUUGGGAGCAACCAUGAAGAAGAAGUGGAUGCUGGUUUGGCUUGGACUCUUAAGUGUUUACCAAACUGUAAGCACAUAACAUUUGAACAUUAGCAGUGUUAUUAAGUAUGAUCAUUAUUUUUUUUUUUGGUAGAAUUAAGUAUGAUCAUUAUUUUUGUGUUGUAACUAUAAUGGGCGAUUACUCUCGUUA